AUGUCAAAGUUAAAUUUAUUUUUAACUAUUUUAUUUGCAUUGAUUGCAUUGUCGCUUCUGGCACCAACCAGAGCCAUCGACCAAGAUGACGCCGCCAGAGAGACCCUUAAAGUAGACCUCGAUAUGAAAGGUCCAAAAGUACCACUUCAAACCGAUUCAGAAGUAGUUCAAAGAGAAAAUGAAGCAAUUAAAUCCGAGGGAUUCAGUGUUGCCGAACAACAAUUUAUUGAGGAACAAUCAGAGAAAUUCAAGUUCCAAGCAGAGGUAAACAAGUUGAUGAAUAUCAUUAUCAAUUCGUUGUACUCAAAGAAGGAGAUUUUCUUGCGUGAGUUGAUUUCCAAUGCCUCCGAUGCGUUGGACAAGAUUCGUUUCUUGGCUCUUACCAACCCAUCGUUGUUGGGUGAGGGUGAUCAAGCCAACCUCGAUAUCAGAAUCAUGAUCGACAAGGUCAACAAGUACAUCCAUAUCAUCGAUAGAGGUGUCGGUAUGACCAAGGACGAGCUCGUCAAGAACUUGGGUACCAUUGCCCAAUCCGGAACCAAAGAGUUCAUCAAGAAGGUAACUGAAUCCAACGAUCCAAAGAACUCAUCGAACUUGAUCGGUCAAUUCGGUGUUGGUUUCUACUCACUCUUCUUGGUUGCUGACAACGUCAUCGUAACCUCAAAGUCAAACGAAGAUGACCAAUAUAUUUGGACUUCAACUUCUGAAAAUGAAUUCUCAAUUGUUAAGGAUCCAAAGGGAAAUACUUUGGGUAGAGGUACAAAGAUUUCAAUGCAUAUCAAGGACGACAGUUUGGAAUUCUUGAACCAAGAUACUAUCAAGUCAUUGGUUAAGAAGUACUCACAAUUCAUCAACUUCCCAAUUUCAAUGUAUGUAUCUCACCAAGAGGAUGCACCAGAGGAAGAGACUCCAAUCGAUGCCAAGCCAGUCGACGAGACUGAAGUCAAGGUCGAGGAAGAGGAAACCACCGACGAGCAAGAGGAGGAAAAGUCGUUGAUCGACGACGCUCCAAAGCCAGCAGAGAAGAAGAAGAUCGAUGUCUUCGACUGGGAGAUUGUCAACGAUCACAAGCCACUCUGGGUCCGUUCACCAAAGGAAAUCACCGAAGAGGAAUACAAUGAAUUCUACAAGACUCUCUCCAAGGGAACCGAGAAUCCAUUGGCUCACUCCCACUUUGUCACCGAGGGAGACACCGAAUUCCGUUCGAUCAUCUACAUUCCAAACACCCCACCAGCCAAUCUCUUUGAUCCAGAGGCAAUCAUCGACGGUUUGAAGUUGUUUGUCCGUCGUGUAUUCAUCACCGACAGCAUGAAGGAUCUCGUUCCAUCGUGGUUGCGUUUCCUCCAGGGUAUCAUCGAUUCCGACGAUUUGCCAUUGAACGUCUCUCGUGAGAUUCUCCAACAACACAAGAUCCUCAAGAAGAUCAAGGACACCUUGGUCAAGAAGUUCAUCAAGCUCGUCCAGGAUCUCUCGAACAACGAAGACAAGACCGUCUACCAAAACUUCUACAAGAAGUACGGAAACAACUUGAAGUUUGGUGUCAUCGAAGAGACAUCAAACACUCACAACAAGAAUCGUUUGAUCAAGUUGUUGAUGUUCCCAUCAUCCAAGGAUGAAUUCACCACUUUCGAGAACUACGUCUCCAGAAUGAAGGAGGGACAAGAACAAAUCUACUUUAUCUCUGGUAAGUCAAAGGAGACUUUGAAGUCAUCGCCAUUGAUCGAACAAGCUUUGAAGCGUGGUUACGAAGUCAUCUACAUGGUUGACCCAAUCGACGAGUAUUUGAUUCCACAGAUCACCACCUACAACAACAAGAAGUUGACCAAUUUGGCUCGUGAGGGUGUCAAGUUUGAGGAUGCCGUCGCCGACGAAGAACAAGAGAAGCAAGUCGCCGAAGAGUACAAGCCACUCACUGAUUUCCUCCAGAAACAACUCGGAAAGAAAGUAGAGAAAGUAGUCAUCUCCAAGAUUCUCGCUGAUUCACCAUGUGUUCUCGUCACCAAUCAAUGGGGUGUCACUGCCAACAUGGAGCGUAUCAUGAAGGCUCAAUCGUUCGGUAACGCCCAAGAGGACAACUACAUGGCCAUGAUGAACAAGAAGAUAAUGGAAAUCAAUCCAGAUCACACUUUGAUCAAGCAACUCCUCUCAAGAUUGAAUGAGUUUGGUGCCGACGACGAAGUCGCCAAGGUCUCUGCUCAAGUUCUCUUUGAAACCUCUUCACUUUCCUCAGGAUACAUUGUUGAGAACCCAUCGAAUUUCGCCAACUGGAUCUACAAGAUGAUGGAAGUCAGCGGUGAAAAGAUCAAGGAAGCCUCAUUCAAGGUUGAAGAAGAAGAACAACAACAAGCUCAAGAACCAGAAGUUGAAAUGUACGACGAACCAGAAGAAGAUGUUCUCGAUGUAACAAUUGACGAAAACAACAAUAUGGACAUCCCAGCUGCUUCAAUCAAGGGUCACGAUGAACUUUAA